GCGAGGUGGUUGUGUGUUUCUUUUUGUCUGUGCUCGAUGCGAUCGCGUCUAUAUCGAGCGCAAUGUUUUUUUGUUUAUAAACAAAUAUUUUCAAUAUAACAAUGUGUUUGGUGAAAUAAGAAAGUUUGUUGUCGUGUAUUUUGUUAUAUUGUUAUACAAUUAAGCGGCUUUAUUUGCAUAAUGUCUAGUUAACGCAUGUUGUACCAGCGGCUCGAAGAUGGACGGGGCUAACGCUGACUCAGAUCAUUCUAUGACUUGGGAGGAUUUUUUCGGUAGCACAACGGAUCUCACGCCGACGUUAAUAGGUAUAUACGACUCACUAUUGGAACCUGACAAAAGUCUGAGACCAGAAUCCAAUCUGUUGGAAACAGCCAAAGAUGCUAGAAACGACCCACCCGUGUCUAACCAAACAGACAUCAUGACCGAUAAAACAAAAGAUGAAGUUAACAAUACAAAUGUAUCAAAAUCCCCACCGAAAGAUCCUUCCAAAAUAGUUGGUGGUGUCAAAUUACCUAUAGCGACGUUGAACAAAAGUUCUUUAUAUAGUAUUAGAACUAACAGUGAUAAUAAUGGUGCUAGUGAAACUAAACGUGAGCUCCCAAUCAGUGAUAAUGUACAUGUUAAAGAACACAAAUUACAAAGGACUUAUAAAGAAACUAAACAAUUAUCUGAGACUACGACAUUCGAUAAUCUAUCACCAAACGUAAAACGAAUGAUUUCAAGCGCGUCUGAAACAACAACAUUGAAGUUUCAAAAGAAAAGCAUCAGUACACUCAGAUCUUCAACAAGACAUAGAUGCAAUAUCCCUUUAGUUGGAGCUACCUCAAAGAUUUCACAAUCUGUAGAAAUUUACGAUCAACCAUCGGGACUUAAAAAUAUAUCCAAAGCUGCAUCUGAAGAUAAUUAUGAAUCACCAUCCAAAAUAGUCGCAGUUAAACCUGAGUUUAGAAUAGAAACAGACCAAACUUAUGAUAUACCAACGAAUAAUAGGCCAGCGAUUUACGAUGUUCCCAACUCAAAUAAGACUGCCUUCGAAUCAUUAUCUCUACCUUAUAUCGAUCAAUCUAUCGAACUCUCUAUAACGUCUAACGAUAGAGAAUUUGAUAUAAAAUUAUCAUCAAAAGAAUGUUCACCUCAAAAACCUGAACCAAAAGGUUCACCUGAAGCCUCACCUGCAAAAUCACCGAAACUCCUCAAUGUCGGGACUAACAGCUUGCACAGAAGAAACUUAAUACCAGAGAAAGAGAAUGUUGAAAAUCAGCUAAUGAAAACUGGACCAUAUCCAGAGACAAUAGGAUCUACGGGAAACUUGAAAUCAUGUGCGGUCCCAGAAAAAGAGAUGCCGAGAUUAAAUCCUCCAAAAGUAGAAGUGACGCGACCGCUGUCUAUGAGUUCCAUUGCCUCUUCUAGUUCAACUUCGAGCAGUGGCGUUCAAAAUAAAGGAGGAGUGAACUCCGCAUAUUUGGCUUCGAUCGAGAGUCUAGACGAUCAUAGUGACGUCGACAUGACGUCUGCAAAUGGCAGUAAUAACUUUGUUAAUAAUGCGGGCAUUUUAAACCCGAGCGUGUCUGAAGGGUGUUCGGAGAAUUUGCCGCAUCAACAAACACUGGACGAGAUGUCAGGUCUAUCGCAGCUGGAGAGAGUAUGUGCGGAGAUAGUUCAGACUGAGAAAGUCUACGUCGAAGACCUAAGGCAAGUUGUAGAGGGUUACCUGCACGUGUGGAGGCGGGACGCGACAUUCUCAGAUGAAGAAUUGUCUGAACUAUUCAACAACAUUGAAGAUAUAUAUGCUUUCAACAGGUCCCUCUGUGAAGAAUUGAACACGUGUCGAUUAGACGCAACUUGUAUUGCCCGUUGUUUCGUCAACAAUACAGCAGGGUUCGCUGUGUACACGUCUUACUGCACAGGCUAUCCUCGUACUAUGGAGAGAUUAGCUGCCCUCGCUUCAAAGCCUCAAAGCGCAAGGGAAUUCAGAGAAAGACAGAUGGAGUUACAACAUCCAUUACCACUCGCUUCGUAUUUGUUAAAACCUGUGCAAAGGAUCUUGAAGUAUCAUCUCUUGUUGCAAAAUGUGGUGAAGCAAAGCGCGUCUCGUGAGACAGAGUACGCGUUGCUGAAGAUGACCGGCAUCGCCCAACACAUUGAUGAUAUGAAACGAAGACAUGAACAUGCCGUUAGAGUACAGGAGAUCCAGUCUCUGCUGUACGGCUGGAACGGUCCAGAUCUGACCACUUACGGAGAGCUGUGUGCCGAAGGGACCUUCAGAGUGUUCGGCGCGAAGGCGAUGCGUCACGCCUUCCUCUUCGACAAGAUGCUGCUCGUCACAAAGAACAGGGAGGACGGGAUACUCGCAUACAAGUCACAUAUCAUGUGCAACAACAUGAUGCUGGUGGAAUCCAUCGCGGGCGCUCCGCUCUCCUUCCACGUCAUACCGUGGGACGCGCCGCGCGCUCAGCUCACGCUGCAGGCACGCUCGCCACGACACAAGCGAGAAUGGACUUUAUUGUUGAAGCGGGUAAUAUUGGAGAAUUACAACGCCGUUAUUCCAUCGCACGCAAGACAGCUGGUGAUGGAACUAGGACAAAACAAAACUGACGAUGAUAUGUUAGCAGAGAAAUCACACAACCUGAUAACUCAAGCUUCAAUGAGAAAACAGCUAUCAGCGCCCGAAUAUCUUGAAAAGAGAAAAGUAGAAAGAGAAAGAAGAAAAUCAUUCGAAAAUGGUAUACGAGGUCGACUGAAAAAAGGUAAUAGAAAAUACACAUUACCUAGUACAAGGAAUGAGAACAUAGAAUGUGAUUGUUCACAAAUAUCAGCUGAAAAAGGUAUAGAUUACACUUGCGACAAUUGCUACAUUGAUAUAUGUUCAGAUUGUGAGACAGAUAUAUCUAAACAUAAAGUUAGAGAGAGACAGUGCGAUUGUAUCAAUGACAAUAAAACUGCAGAUAAAUGUCCAGAAUGUGAUAGAUCUUUACAUUAUAUAGAUUCAGGUAGCGCAGAACAUUUAGAAAGAAAACAAAUAGCUUGCAAAUGUCCAGAUUUCAAAUCAUCACAGGAAAGCUUCAGUAAAGAAUAUCCAGGUACCUCUUUAAAUAAAACAAGAGGUUAUCAUUCAUCUGAUAAUAUUAUAGGUUACACAGAUUCUAAGACGAGUAAAGAUGAUUUGAGUGAUACCAAUAACUCACUAUCCAGUGUAAGAAAUAUACAAAAAACUUGCUUGAAAUGUACAAAAAUCAAAGAAAACAUUCCCGUAACUGAUUCAUUACAGACUUUACAUACUAGAAGGUCUAGAUGUAUUGAUAUUGAUAGACCUAAAACUGAUAAUCUUAGAUCUAAAUCUAAAGAUGAUCCACAAAGAUCUAAAUUAUCUAAAAUAGGUACUUGGAGGAGAAAAUCAGAACCAGGACUACAACAAAACAAUAUAGGAUUCAUUAUUAAAAAGUCUCAAGAUAGUGAUAUAGAUAAAAACGAUGGUCGAGGGAACGAAAAAAUUGAAUUUGAAUGUAGAAGUUGUGGUUCCAAUAAAAUAUCUAGAAAAACUAAAAAUAGCGACGGUUCUGUCGUCUCCGAUCUUGAAGGAGACUCAAAAAAGAAAGGGGUAGCUAGUAGUGGUCCUGGUAUCAAAUCUAAUUUGGAAAUUAAAAUGUACAACACUAAAAAUAUACCAAAGAAGAUAUCGAAAAUAAAGAAAAACAGAGCUAAAGGCUUUCGCGUUACAUCUGAUACAUCCAGAUUUUAUACAGACUUUUCCACUGAUGUUUCUACAGAAAAUAUUCUACAUAUAUCAGAAUCUAACGACAGUCUAAAUGUAGACAAAAAGUCUGAUAAUAACGACAAAUUAAAAGUACCAGAUUCCAUUAGUAAAGACGAAGAUAUAGAUGAAGAAACUUACAAAAGGCUUAUAGAAAAAACGGAUUCAUUCAAAAAGAAUGAAUUAGAGAAAGUUAAAUAUCUAAACAAUCAAAAAGUUAUCAACGAAACUUCAGAAAUUGAAGAAAAAACAUGUGUAGAACAAGAUAACGAUGAAAUAGUUGGCAGUUGUGAAGAAACAGAACAACCUUUGGAACAAAUUAUAUCACAACUUUUACUAGAAAAUCGUGAAUUUCAAAAACUUCUGAAGAAACAACAACAAAGAAAUAGUGCUCAAAGACGACAUCAAAGAUUAUUAAAAUCACAUUCGAAUCCUGAUCAAGUCAUUUUAUCUAGAAACUUUGAUUCUCCUAGAUUGAUGCCGAAGUAUACUCGACAGACAUCAGAGAAUUUAGAACACACAAAUAAUGAAGAUAUACUUGAGUCGAAGAUUGCAGAAACAGUAUCGGAUGAUGAUCAUAUUUAUGAAACACUAAGAGUCGAAAGUAGAGCAGAUGAACGUUUACAUUCUUUGAAUAGUAAAAGUAAAACGAUCCAGCACAAUACACACGUACCUAGACCAAAGAGACUUCCCUCCCCACCUAGCAUAAAUCCAGCUGAAAUACGAAAUAUAUCUGAAUCAGAUUACGUAUAUUUAUCAUUUAAUAAACAGAAUCAAAUCGAUGAUGAUGGUAUAUACGAUGUUCCAGUAAAAUCACCACAGAAAGUAAAGUCUGCGAAUGAAUCAGAUUACUACGUAAUAAUGGAGAAAAAGGGUCCUCCUUUAAAUGAAGAUAUACUUUACGAUAAUCUUAUAGAUGUCUGUAGAAGGAAUAAAGAAGUGCCUAGUAAUUUACCAUGUGAAUAUCUACCAAUGGGACCAGAACAACAAAGCCCGAACACACCAGAAAUUUGGCUCAGUCGACAGAAAGAACACUUCAAUGUAUCUAAAGAUAGAAAAUCUGGAUCGCUUCCUAGAAGUUUCCAAGUUCCCACAAGUGGCCAGGAUGAAACUAACCUAAGUUCGUUCAAAUGCAAACCGAACGGUAGCAGCAAGACUUAUUUAAAUAGAGAUGGUAAAGUCAUGAGCACUGACAGACCUUUUACAAUUGCUUCAGAUCAAAGUGAACUGAGCUAUGAUGAUGUAGAAAAUUAUAUGAGUGAAAAUGACAUCUUUAAAUUUUGCAAAGUUUCAAAAUCCAACGAUCCAGAUUACAGUCAAAAUAUCAGUCAAUCAACAUUAGAACUUGAAGAAGAAAUAGAUAGAUGUUAUAAGAAUAAUUUCGAGAAACUUGACAUUGAUUCAAACAAAAAUGAUACAUCAGCCAACUUGCAAACGAAUUUGAAUACAUCUACCACAUCUUCUUGCGAAGUUCUACCCAUAGAGAGAGAUAGCGAUAAAAAAGAUAACGAAGUAAUACAUCCCGAACAUAAAAUUUACAAACCUACAGCGAAUGUCAUGUCACUUAAAAAUGUCUUAAGUCGCUUUAAAAGCAGAAAUCCUAACAAAAGUAAUGAAGAAUCUGAAAUAAAUGCAAACGAUCAAAAUUCUGAAAAUACAAACAAGAGUCCUACAAAUGAGAAGAGAUCUGCACUCAAUCCUAGAAGUUACUCAAGAAAUUUAUUACAAAGAUUCCGAAGUAUUAUUGGAGAUGAACCAGAUGACAUACAAGCUAAAUAUGAUUUGAAGGCGAAAAUAUCUGAAGAUCUACAAAAUAAAAGCGAUAUUAAAGUAGUGAUUACGACAGACGCUGAUUCGACUACAAUAGAUAUCCCUACAAAUGAUGUUUUUAGUAAAAGUAUGCAUGAAGGUACCACAAUGAAUGAAAGUCAGAAAGAAAAGAAUCAAUUGGAAGCUUUAUCUCAUAGCUGUGACGAUCUUGUACAGAAAACUGAUAAACUAAGACCUAAUUACAGUAAAAGUAUCAGUAUGGUGACCACUUCUAGUUCCGUCAGUUCCUCACCAUUGAAAUCAAAUAAUAGCUCGCAACAAAACUUAAACAAACUACCAAUAUACAUGCAAGGUAGCAAAUAUUUAGGAGCCCGUAUCGCUCAGUCUGAUUACGUAGAUCCAACAACACUGGGUAAUGACAGAAAUACCCUUAAAACUGUGAAUGUACUUAUAAAUAAAAACGCAGUUAGACCUGACAGUCUAUUCUCUAAUUCAUCUUUUGUCACAUCAUCCAGUGAAAGUACUUACCAUGAGCCACAGACUAAACAAAAUCAAGUUAAAACGACAGACUCAAAACAACUUUUAGAAUCAUCGUCACAAAUUAAUUCUGACGAAAGUUUUUAUGAGAAAUCUUUUGAAAAAAUCGAACAUUUCACUGAUGAAGAUGUAUUUAGAGAUUCAGCUGUUUACUCCGAUCAGGAAGAUGUUGAUGAAUCAAAAGAAUGUAAUGAUGAUAAAAUAGUUAAUAAAACUAUCAAACGAAUCGAAAGCUUGAAACGUGAAGCUUCCGUACAUUCCAAGAAAAUAAUCGUAACAACAAGCACAAGUGAAAAGACGUUUACAAACUCUAAAGUCACAAUAACAACUAAUAAAAUAAAAGAAACAAUACAAGAUACGAAAAAGAAUGAAGCAAUAAAGUCGAUUAAACCCAAAAUAGCUCCACCAGUUCCAGUAAAACCUAAAAUCGGGAAUAUACAAUCAAGUGUAGUAAGAAAUGAAGUUGUACGAAAAGAAAUAGACAAAUCAGAACAAUCAACCUCUGAUUCAGUUAAUAAAUUAAAUAUUCAACGUAAUGUUAAUAAUAAAACAUAUCUCGCAAGAUCUGAAUCAAGUCCCAAUACAGAAAACGCAAGAAAAGUGACUAAGGAGAAGCCUAGCAUUGAACAACCGAAAGAUGGUGUCGAAAAUACUAAAGAUUUUAAAAUUAACAAUAAAUUAAAUCAACAGGGUAAUAUACAAUUAAAACGAUUAAGUUUCGAACGAGCAAGUCUCGAUUCUGCGACACGAAAAAUUAAAUUGCAAACAGAGAAUCGAUUAGAAACGCCUAAAAUCGCUGCGAAAACAGUUUUAGAAAGACGAAUGGAAUUAGAAAUGAUGACAAAAGCCCAAGUCAAAUUAAAUCCAGGUUUAAAGAAACAAUACAAUAAUGCAAAACCAAAAUCGAUUACGACAAAAAUGGCGUCUUUCGAAAGAAGCGUCAGCGAAAAUCAUAGAGAAAUAAAAAUAACACCAAGUAGUAGCACAGAUAAAGCAAACAUUCCGGUCAAUAAAGGCAAUGAACAAACUGAAGUCUCAGAAGAUCUAAAAGGCAGUUGGGUUAAACAAGUCGUUAACAAAUUCCAAUAAUUUAUAAUGAUGAAUGCAUUUAAAAUUAUUCAGUCUUAUUUUCAUUCAUUUAUAUCGACUCAAUAUUAAUUUUGUUAUAAUUAAGUUUAAAUAGACAAGUUUAUUUGACCCGGUAUGCAUAAGUAAAAUUAGCACAGUAACGCCCCCCUUCAAUGUCAAAAUCAAAUGGUUUCUUGUACUCCUGAAUACGUACAUUUUUUCAGUCACAACCAUGAUAAUAGUGUUCUCCACCGGGUCAAAUAAUUUGUUCAACUAUGCAUUAUGUUGCUACUAUGAUUAUAUUUAUUGUACAUAGUGUUUUACAUCAAUUCUCCAAUGAGUUUUGAAAUCCUGUGCCAUAGACAAGAUAGUUUAAAUCACUAUUAAAUCUUCGCAGGCGCACAAUGUAUAUAAAAUGUUAAUAUGCUUAUUUUGCUACGUAUUUAUUCAAUAAAAAAAAGUGCCAUCGUUCAAAAG